AUGAUGUUCACAACAGAUGUACUCUCACUGAGUAUCGAAUUCAGUAGCAACGCUUGCAAAGUUAACUUGACGCCUCCCAACUCUACCGAAGUCUUUCUUUUUUCUUCUCUUCAACUCUCCGCAUUGCGUUCCUCGAGAAUCGAGCAUCUGUUCGAGUCAUUUCAGUACUCGCUGUCACCUCUCUCGACCCUCCACCCCGCCGCCAGCUACAAAUCAAUCAACAUCAUUGCAAUCCUCAUCAUUAUCUUCAUCUUCGGCAUUGCCUCAACAGCUGCUACUGCUACUAACACACCUACUACGAUUACUAUCACGAGCACGAGCGUUAAGUUUAUAACUCUUACCACUCCCUCUGCAACUCUCUGUUGCAUCUAUCUCACUUUUCUCUUCCUCCGUGCUUACAUCUUUUACUGCUGCUGCUACUGCCAGAAUUGCAACUACGGCUACAACACAGCAUUAUCACCAUUGGGCGUACGGCGCUCCUCUCGGGAAGAUGAGCAGACAGACAGAGCGAGCAAGAAGCGACAAAAAGCGACUGCCCGCAUUUCUAUCCAGGUGAUUCCUGUUGGGACCUUAACAAGUUAG